AUGGCAGCGCUACCAAAGCGAUGGGCCUGGACAUUCCUCAAAGAGGGUCUCAAAUUCCGUGCGGGACGUCUGUACGAGACCUUCUGGAACUCACAGUCCAACGUGAAGUACACAGUUGUGUUCCUUUAUCCUGGAGCACUCUUCUGGGUCCGAUGGCGUGCCGAGACGCAGUACAAGUACAAUGUAUUCAUUGCCGACAAGCAGGUUGAGCCGGACACGACCCAGAACCUCUUCUCUUCUUGGAAGAAUGGCUCUGCCUUCUACUUCCCUGCAAUGGCAACAGUGCAGGACCUGAAGCAGUCCGUUUACGGAGAUGCGUCCAAGGUGCCCGCUGCUGUUCGGGCAGGCUGCCACGGGCGCAUGAUGGAGGACAGCUUCUUCAGGAUGUGCACUUGCUUAUAA